AUGGCCCGCUCAAUGACUAUCGGCUCGAACUGGCCCGCCAGUUUGAUGAAGCUCAAAUCAACCCAAUCCGAAAAAGGCCGCAGUUGCGCUCCCCACGGUCUCGUAGAUGCGUUCCGCGCGGGGAUAUCCGGGGGCGAACUGUAUUCCGUGAGUGGACUAUCACCAUCUUUGAGUACUCCGGGACACGGUUUCCGCACAUACAAUCAGAAUGUUCCAGCUGACUGCCUUUCGGAGCUCGUCUGUAUAGUCGAUCCAGCAUGA